AUGAGAUCCAUAGAGGAUAAGGGGUGCUUGAGUCAUGGAACUACACAAGAGAUGCCGGAUGAAAGUUGUAUGAGUUUUGAGUUCCACAAAGGAAAUGGGAUGAAUCGAGCUUCUCACCAACGAACAGCCUUAGGGAAACCAACUCCGUCAAAAUGGGACGAUGCACAAAAAUGGCUAGUAAAUCUAUCGAAAGAAGGAGAUAAAAAUCAGGCAAAAGCUUCCCCCCGUAAUUCAAAUGCUGAUGACAAGAGAUUGAUUGUUCAGGUACCAAAGAAGGAAUACUCGAGUGGUGAGGAAGAUGAUGAUGGUACUGGCUCUACAAAAGCGAGUCCAUAUGAAGUGGAAACUAAGAAAAUAGACUGUGAUGAGUCAAUAUGGAGAAUCAGUAAGCCAGUUAAUAGUUCUGCAUCAGUUGUGAGCUCAAUAUGUGUGAGGGAUAUGGGGACAGAAAUGACUCCGAUAGCGAGUCAAGAACCCUCGAGAACGGCAACUCCUAUCAAAGCCAGAACUCCAGUAUCAAAAAGCCCCAUAUGCUCAGGUCCAUCAACUCCGGUAAGAAGUCAGAGCGGAUUGCUGGCUCACAAAAGUGGCCAAGCUGUUACUAUCCUGACUGGGACGAGAGACGAGGGUAGCAGGGGCAAUGGUACCACUAUACGAUGCAGCAGAGACGGAGAAGAACCAAAUGCUAACAAUGCGCCUGCAAGCAGGACUACAGAUCAAUCAAGAAAGUUAAAUCCUCUGGAAACCCGAGCAACAGCUUGGGAUGAGGCCGAGCGUGCUAAAAACAUGGCAAGGUACAAGCGCGAAGAGGUGAAGAUUCAGGUCUGGGAAAAUCAUCAGAAGAGGAAAGCUGAAAUGGGAAUGCGGAGAAUGGAGGUGAAGGCUGAAAGAAUGAAAUCUCGAGCACAAGAAAAGUACACGAACAAGCUUGCGUCUACUAGGAGAAUAGCAGAGGAAAAGCGCUCAAAUGCUGAAGCCAAACUAAAUGAAAAGGCCGUGAAGACAUCAGAAAGGGCAGAUUAUAUUAGAAGAACGGGUCAUCUUCCCUCUUCUUUUUUCUUUAAGCUGCCUUCCUUUUGCAGCCCAGCUUCCACGAGACGGGGGGAGCAUGAUGGACUCCUGGUGACGGUGGGCAGCACCUACUGCCUUCGUGACUUGAACGCAGCUGCUUCCGGUUCGGGCGCUGUCGCUUGCUGUGGUGUGGCUAUGAGUGUUGGGUUUUGCCGUGCAUUCGGUUGGUGGUGGGUGCGAUGGUGGAUUUGCUGUGAGGUUGUGUUGUAUGUUUGUGCAUGCGUGCGGCAGGUUGGCAGUGGGUGCGGUGGUGAAGUUACCGGACCAAUAUCUGCUAUCAAUUGUGCGCGAAAUGAGAGGGCAAGGCCCCAGUUAUACAAGGCUCUCAAAUCAUUCCGGUUUAUGGAGAAUUACAGAAUCACAAUCAACGCCGGUGGAGUAGAGCUGGAGACCGAAGAGGCGAAUGGGUUGAGUGUUCGGAAGGGAGUGGGGCUGCAGACCGGAGACACUAAAGCCGUUGGAGAUGAUGUGGGAAUCGCCAUGGGAAUCUGCAGGAUAAUUAUUCUGAAUUUGUUGCAAGAAAUGUUCAUAUGUUAUAUGUCGAUAUCUAUCAAUGUUCCUUUUUGGUAUUAUGCGUUCAAUGCGCUCUUAACGCCUUUCUUAACACAAAGGACUAAGAUCAUCUUCGGUUGUCCAGCUAGGGUUACUGAAAAACUACUCAAAUACAUUGGUACAAAACAAAUUUUGUGUUUGACUAUAAGGGACCGGAAAGAAAGGCAUGUGAUCAAGCUAAAUGGGUAUGCUUUGGUGGAUUUGCUAUUGAAGCUAACGGGUUUAUUUAUCAAUGAACAUAUGUAA